UCGUGCAAGGGGAAAAAAAUCAUAUCCGGCCCCAGUCUUCAGUCCCCCCUUGAGAGAGAAAACAUCUGUCUGUGGAAUCUCUCUGUAUAGGAGCGGCGGAUCUGUGGUGUUCGAACUGCCGAUACACUUCGACAUCUCCCUGACACAUCCUCUGCCGACUGCGACGAUGACGAAACUUCGUGCACGCGAAAUUCUCUCCCCUGCUGUCAUCGUCGUUGUUCUCGCCGCUGCCAUCAUCGAGGCGGGAGUUUACCGACGAGAGGCAUGUUACGGAGACCUGGGCUGCUUCCAGCCGAUCGCCACCAAGGUCCCAGCCUCUCCUGAGAGCAUCAACGCGUCUUUCUUGCUGGCCACGCGAGACAACGCUACGACCCUCCUGGAGAUCCUCGCCUCGCCAGGCCCGGACGAAUGGAGCGAGAAGAUUGGCAAUUCGUCGUUCGAUGCCCAGAAGGAGACCAAGUUCCUGGUCCACGGCUUCAACGCUAGAGCUGAUUCCCCAACGUAUUUAGGAAUAAAAGAUAAUCUGCUGACGAAGGGGGAUUUCAACGUGUUUCUGGUUCAGUGGAAACAUGGUGCAGCUACCAUCGACUACGACCAGGCUGCAUCUAACAGCCUCUUAGUAGCGGCGCAAGUGGCCAAGUUCAUCAACUGGUUGCGUACUUCACACGGCCUUGACCCGGCCAAAGUUCACCUGAUCGGUCACAGUCUUGGCGCCCACAUCUGUGGCAACGCCGGCUCCAGAGUUCAAGGACUUGCACGAGUAACAGGUCUGGACCCAGCUGCUCCACGCUUCGUCGACUUCGACAUCGCCAUGCGGCUCGACAGCACAGAUGCCCACUUCGUCGAUGUCAUUCACACGGACGGAGAGGCGUUCACCGUCAGCAAAGGUUACGGAAUGGCCAAAGCAAUCGGUCAUAUUGACUUCUAUCCUAACGGCGGGUCUGAUCAGCCUGGAUGCACAGACGACGAGCUUGCGGGGAUACUAGGAUUGCUUGGAGGUAACCCGGACAACAGUGUGUCCUGUAGCCACACACGUGCCGAAAGCUACUUCAAAGAAUCCAUCAACUCCGUCUGCAAGUUCCUGGCUCGCCCAUGCGCCAACUGGACCACGUACGAUCAAAACGGGUGCAGCGGAUGUCCGCAGGACGGAUGCCCGAUCAUGGGAUUCGACGCAGACAAGACUUCCGCUCGGGGUAUCUUCUACCUCAGCACUGCACAGACCUCUCCUUACUGUGGUUCCGAAUACUUCGUGGAGAUGGACCUAUCUGAUGAAGUAGUAGACUCUCGUGGCCGGAUCUUCAUUACCUUGUUGGGCGACAUAAACAGCACGGAAGUAGAAUUUACUAGAGACUUCCGCCAGUACCACGCCAACGACAAGGAGAAACACGUCAUUGCAGUCAGCCAGGAUGUGGGAGCGUUGACAGGUAUCAGGGUUAAAUUUGUUCGAGAGAAGAAGCUUGGACAGCAGCCUCAAGGUCACGACAAUCACGUGACAAUCCAUCGUAUCAUCGUUGAAGACCGUACCACACGAACUAAGACAAUCUUUUGCACACGGGACGUUGCAGAAUCUGAUCUUAAGGCGGUGACCAUUCGCACGGAUUCCAGCUGCAGUUGACUUGACAGUUCUUGACAUGCCGCAAAAUUUGGGCAAACCAGAAUAAUGUAACAAAAAAAAAACAUGCUGCAAAAUAAAUCUACAGUAAUAUAUUUAAAGAUAAACAAACAAAACGAGAAAAACUAAUGAAUAAAAUAACUACAAGUU